GGCUGCAGGCUGUGUGAACAUGGCCUAAGAUGCCCUAGGCGGGAGAAGGAAAUGUAAAUGGCUUCCAAAGUAAAAGAUGCUGUUGUUUGGUACCAGAAAAAGAUCGGAGCCUAUGACCAGCAGAUUUGGGAGAAAUCGGUGGAGCAAAGAGAAAUAAAGUUUAUUUCUCUGGGCUUGAGGAACAAGCCAAAGAAGACUGGACAUCUCAAACCAGAUCUGAUAGAUGUGGAUUUAGUCAGAGGUUCAGCGUUUGCCAAGGCCAAGCCAGAGAGUCCGUGGACGUCCCUGACCAGGAAGGGCAUCGUCAGAGUCGUCUUCUUCCCGUUCUUCUACCGAUGGUGGAUUCAGGUCACCUCCAAAGGCAUUUUCCUUCUCCUGUUGGCUCUGUAUCUGCUGCAAGUGGCAGCAGCCGCCCUGUAUGUGUCCAUCUCUCAGCCUCAUGGGAUCCCAGUCACAGAGGUGUUCGGAGCCAUCUGGCUCAUGUUGCUGCUGGGAACCGUCCACUGUCAGAUCGUCUCCACCAGAACCCCCAAACCCACCUCCAGCAGCGGGGGGAAGAGACGCAGGAAGUUGAGGAAGGCAUCUCAGAUGGAGGUGCAUAGGGAAGGAGACGGGUCUAGCACUACCGAUAACACACAGGAGGGGGCGCCACACUCUCACUCAGCCAGCACCACAUACAGCCUGGGCGCUUUCUUCCAAGAUUUCUGGCAUGAUAUCUGUAAAGCUGGAUCUAAGAAGUCCAAGCUGUCCAUCGAUAAAUCGACAGAGACAGAUAACGGCUACGUGUCUCUGGAUGGUCGGGUGACCAACCGCAGCACCGAGGAGGGGCUUCAGCUGCCAGAGCAGAAAUGUGACCUACUGACCCGGCCAGACGAGGCGUGCUGGACCCCUCACAUCCAGCCCUCAUACUCUCACGCACCGCACAGCUCAGGGCUGCUCAUGGCAGGUGGCAAUAAGGAGCCUGCAUCUGAUGAAGCUUCUAGUGAGGAGGAUCCUGAAGCGUCCUACAGCGCCCUCCGCAGGGCAUCCGAGAGAAAGAACAGCGACUGUACACUCAGAAACCGCAAAAACACACAUCUUUACAAGAAACACUACACUGUGGAGGAUGUUCCCAAAUCCGGCACCAGCUGCAGCUCCAGAUGUUCCAGCAUGAGAACCCAGGACUCUGAGAGCACUCGGCAUGAGUCGGAAACAGAGGACCUGAUGUGGGAGGACUUCCUGCACUGUGCAGAAUGCAGGUCGUCCUGCACCUCAGAGACAGAGGGAGAAGGAGGAGGGACAUCUGUAUGUCCUCCAUCUUAUGAGGAUAUCAGCGACUCGGAGGACGAAGAAGAGCAACCGGAGAUCGAACAGCCCAGCGAGGAGGAAGAGGAGAGUGAUCCCGGCAGCAUCUUCUCCGACCCGAAGCAACCACCGACAGAGCACAAGACCCUCCGAACAGGACAGCACCGGGCCGAGGAGCUCAGUGCACUCCCAGAUGACGCCCGAGAGCAAGCCGUUAACGGUGGGUGGACAGGCCCCUGGGAAUUGACCACCUGGGCACAUCUAAUUUUGGAGGUCAUCAACGACUGCACAAUACCAAUAGUAGAUCUGCCGGAUGUACCAAGAGAAGAUGGGGUGCGCAGCUCAGAUAUGUAUUACUACACCACUGAGGUUGGCGACGCUCUUCACUCUACCUGGAGGUACAGCUGCCCUGAUCCCGAUAAAGCUCCUACGGCUAAGUGGGCCCUACGAGCCUGUGAUAUGGAUUUCCAGGAUCUGCUAGCAGAAUUGGAAGGCUACUGCAACAACCCGUCCGCGCUGCCAGACUUCGGCAUGGACCUGCCUUCGCCUCUGCAGCCUUCGCCGGAACAUCCCACCCUUUCCGUCUCAGUCAAAGGGCGGACCACUUCGCGCUCAUCUCCGCCUGAUACGGGCCGAGGCGCCAAGAAGUCUCUAACCCCUAUCGGCCUGUAA